AUGACGCCCACGAGUCCGUCUGACCCUGCUGGACCCUCCGACGCCGGCAGCGCCUACACGAGGUUGCACGUUACUCCUUUCGACCAAGACCUCUUGAAGCUCGUCGUCCCCUCGGCUUCGCUGCCCAAGGCUCGCAACAUCUCCUACCACACGAUUGAGACCUUCCCCGAGAAGCGCUUCGGUUUCGUCGAGCUGCCCGAGGCCGACGCCGAGAAGGUCAAGAAGAGGCUGAACGGUUCGGUGCUGAAGGGUGUGAAGAUGAAGAUCGAAAAGGCACGCCCCGAGGAGAACUACCUCCCGGUCCCCGGCGAAGAGGAGGAAUCUGGGAAGAAGAGGAAGAAGAAGUCCAAAGAGCAGGAGGAGGGCACCAAGAAAAAGCGGAAGCGCGACCACAACGUCGUCGAGGGCGUCGAGCUGCGCGAUCGAAAGGUCAAGCGAGGCUGGACUGUCCCUGAAGAGGCCAAGAUUCGAGAGAAGAAGAGCAAGAAGGACAAGGAGAAGAAGGAAAAGAAGGACAAGCACAAGAAGAGGGAGGAACGCUCCAAGUACACCGACAAGGAGGAGUGUCUGCUAAAGACGAAGCUGCCUGCCAAACUCCCAGCUACGAAACCGGCCGAUGCAGACGAUGACGAUGAGCCCAAGAAGCGCAAGAAGAAGUCGCGCGAGGUUGUCAUUCACGAGUUCGAGAAGACGACCAAGUUCCCGACAUUCCUCAAGGCCACCAAGCCAGCGCCUGCCGAAUCGCUCACCGCAGAGUUUGUCGAGGGCAAGGGAUGGAUCGACGCCCAGGGCAACGUGAUCGAGUCGGAGAAGAUCAGGAAGACCGCGACGGCGCCCGUUCCCGAGAGUGAGGCUCCCAAGAAGAAGAAGAAGCCUGCCAAGGCCCCAACCCCUCCCCCGCAAGACGACGACACGACAAGCAGCAGCGGCACUUCUUCAGAGGACGAUACGUCUUCAGAUGACAGCUCAGACGACGAAGAGGAAGUCAAGGCGAAACCCGUGACACCUGCAAAGAAGGCACCAGAAACAUCGAAGCCCGCGCCUAAACCUGUCGACGACGAUGACACGAGCAGCAGCGGCACCUCGUCCGAUGACAGCAGCUCGGAUUCGGACUCUGACGACGAAAUGGAGGAUGCAGACAAGGUAGUGGCACCUCUUGUCCUGGAUAGCCCUCUGGCCGCCCUCAAGGCCGCCGAUGCCUCACGACCCAGGUCGGCUGGCUCCAACGUCAGCCUGACGAUCAAGAUACCGACGCCUUCUACCCCGGCCAAGGUCCAUCCUCUGGAAGCGCUUUACAAGCGACCCAAGCCCGACGAGAACUCGACCCCGCAGCCCCACAAGGAGGCCGAGCCUUUCAGCUUCUUCGGCGGCGGCGACAACGACGACUUGGAAGAGGAAGACGCGGCGCCGACCAGCCAGAUGCCCAUGACCCCCUUCACCGAGCAGGAGUUCGCGUGGCGCAACAUUAGAAGUGCGGCGCCCACGCCCGACACCGCGCACCCGAAUCGCACGAAGCCUUUCUGGGCCAUUGGAGCCGAGGCGGACGAGGAAGAGGAGGACGAGGCGACGCAGCAGGAGAUCGAGGCCACUCUUAACGCCGAGCAGAAUGCCGUCGAGGGCGAGGGCAGCGGAGUGCCCGCCGGCGAGUUCCAGAAGUGGUUCUGGGAGAACCGAAGGAAUCUGAACCAGUCGUGGAUGAAGCGUCGGAAAACGGCGGCCAAGGAGAAGAGGCACAGGGAUAACAAGUCCCGGGCGUCGAAAGCUGUAUAA